AUGACAAUCUAUCUCACUCGUAGUAACAUGAUGUAUUACCCUGCUUACUAUUAUAAAGUCUAUUUAAUUAUACUUCGGCUUGAUUUUCUUUCUCUUCAUUUUUUUCUCGGUCAACUUUUCCGUCUUUUCCGUACUUUUUUCCCUUUCUUCUUUCCUUACUUCUUUAAACUUCUUUUUUUUUCUUUUCUCUUUUCCUUUCUCUUUUCCUUCUUUCUUUUUUCUUUCUCUUUUCCUUACUUCUUUUCCUUUUUUCUUAUGUUAAUUCUUUUCCUUUCUUUUCCUUAUUUGUUCUCCUUUCUCCUUUUCCCUUUCUUCUUUUCCAUUCUUUCUUACAUUCUACUUUUCCUUUUCUUCAAUUUUUUCUUUUCCUUUUUUCUUUUCCUUUUUUCUUUUACUUUAUUCUUACUUUUGCUUUUCCUUACUUAUUUUCCUUACAUUUCCACUAUUCCCUCUUUUCCUUAUUUCUUUUUCUUUCUUUUCUUUUUUUCCUUACUUCUGCUAUUUGCCCGAGAGUGUCAGUAA